AUGGCAACAACAAGCGUACUAGAGGCAAUUAAGGUAGUGGACCUGGUGGAGAUUAUUCCCAAAUAUGAGGGGGAGUCUGGGAAAUUAAAUGGAUUUAUAGCAGCGGUGGAGCAGGUGCUUGGUCUUAUAAAAGGGGAAGAAAGGUCAAAUGUAGGACUUAUAGCAUUGAGGGCCAUUAGGAGCAGGAUCAUAGGAGCAGCAGACAGGGUCCUAGAUCUAGAUGAGUCUGAAUUGAAUUGGGACCGUAUCAAGGAAACGUUAACAACACAUUUUAAGGACAAAAGGUCGGAACAAGACCUAAUUAUGGAGUUAUCUCACCUAAACAAAAAGAAAUUGGACUUAGACACCUUAUACACGAAAGUGAUGGCCCUGAAGAAAGCCCUUGUCAACCAAAAUAAAGCCUCCGAACGGUGGAUGAUACUCAGGGGAGAGAAGCCGGAUGGCCAGGACUCGGUUUUUCGUACCCGAUGA